AUGGAAUCCGAGGGUAGUAAUAGUUCUGGUGAAGACGAAACUCACAAUCGGGUCCCCAAAUAUAACCAGAUAUUCGGGCAGGGAUACUUGUAUGAUGUGGUGCGGUUGGGUGAUUUAGGAAAGUCCGAGAGUAGCACUAAUCUUAAUGAACUUGCUGAGAAUGUGAUGGCUGCUGAGGCUGAUAAUCAACCAAUGGGGUUUUUUAAUAAUGAGUCCACUGUAAAUCAACCCGCAUUGGACACAUCUUUGAAUCUGGAAUCGAGUCGUGCGGAGGGAGACCUGUAUGAUAUCGUAAGGAAUCACUUGGGUGAUUUAGGUAAACCCCGGAGUAGCAUGAUUCUUGAUGAACUUCCUGAGAAUGUGAGUGUUGCCGAGGCUAAGAAGAAGACUUUUGAUGAAGUUUGUCAGGAUAUUCAACAGGGGGAGAUUAAUCUUGACUGGACAUUCAAUCUUGGGGAGAUGAUAAGUUCGAACCCGAUGUUAGGAGGGGUUGGUCAUAUGGCACUGCCGCAGCAAAAUCAGUGGAUGCAAUAUCACAUUCCAACUAUUCAUCCACGACAGCAACAAGACAUGCUGCCGCCUGGCCAUCGGGUUCAACAGCCUAUUCUUGGUGUGGAAAAUGUGAUGUUAGAUAGAAUCAUGGCUUCCUUUUUGAUGGGAAGUUUAUCGGACACACAGAACCAGGAAUCUUCAGCAAGGGCACGAGCAAGGAGGCAGCAGAGGACGAUCCUGAUUAAGGAAACAAGAUCACAAGCGAGGAAGGAGGCCUAUCUGCAAGAGCUGGAGAGCAAGCUUUCGCGUCUGAAGUUGGAAAAUGAAAGGCUUAAGCGCAUGAAGGAGGCGGAGAUGCUAUUGCCUAGCAAACCAGCACCAGAGCCGAGGUAUCAACUUCGCAGAACCAGCUCAUCCCCUAUAUGA